GCUGGGCUCCAGCCACUCCACCACUCUCAGAUGGUAUUCCCAAGACUGUUGAGCAGAAUGUUUAUAAGUCUCUGAAGCAUUAGAGAGUUCUGGGCUCUUCUGACCUGAUCAAAGCAUCUUAGGAAGGGGAACCAAGAAAGGAGUGCUGACUACCAGGAAGACUUUCAGCUGAUGAGGAUACUUGGAGUUCCUGGGCAUUCAACUCUAGAUCACACCUCCAUUUAAGUCUCAACGGGGAAAAUGUGUUGCUGCAUUUGGGGACAUAAAUGAGUUUUAUUUAUAAAUAGAAAUGCUCUCUUUUCAUAAUGCCUGCUCAGUACCCAGCUCCUUCUGGCUCACCGGCAUCCCAGGGCUGGAGUCCCUGCACAUCUGGCUCUCCAUCCCCUUCGGCUCCAUGUACUUGGUGGCCGUCGUGGGGAACAUCACCAUCUUAGCUGUGGUAAGGAUAGAGCGCAGCCUGCACCAGCCCAUGUACUUCUUUCUGUGCAUGCUGGCUGUCAUUGACCUGGUUCUGUCUACUUCCACUAUGCCCAAACUCCUGGCAAUCUUCUGGUUUGGUGCUGGCGCCAUUGGCCUGGAUGCCUGCUUAUGCCAAAUGUUUCUUAUCCAUUGCUUUGCUACUGUUGAGUCAGGCAUCUUCCUUGCCAUGGCUUUUGACCGAUAUGUAGCCAUCUGCAACCCACUGCGUCAUAGCAUGGUGCUUACCCAGGCGGUGGUGGGUCGUUUGGGGCUGGCUGCUCUCCUCCGAGGAGUUCUUUACAUUGGACCUCUACCGAUUAUGAUCCGUCUGCGACUGCCUCUUUAUAAAACCCAAGUCAUCUCUCACUCCUACUGUGAGCACAUGGCUGUGGUUGCCUUGACCUGUGGUGACAGCAGAGUCAAUAAUGUCUAUGGGUUGAGCAUUGGCUUUCUGGUGUUGAUUCUGGAUUCAGCGGCCAUUGCCGCCUCCUACGUAAUGAUUUUCAGGGCAGUGAUGGGGCUGGCCACUCCCGAGGCCAGGCUUAAAACCCUGGGGACAUGCGGCUCUCAUAUCUGUGCCAUUCUGAUUUUCUAUAUUCCCAUUGCUGUUUCUUCCCUCAUUCACCGGUUUGGUCACCGCGUGCCUCCGCCAAUCCACACGCUGCUGGCCAACUUCUACCUCCUCAUUCCCCCGAUCCUAAAUCCCGUUGUCUAUGCUGUUCGGACCAAGCAGAUCCGAGACAGGCUUCUUCAGAUCCUAAAGACAGGGACCAAGAUCAGGUGACUGCAGUUUCCUCUUUUCUCUCAAGUAAGUCCCUGGAGAAGAAAGCAUUCAAAUAUGGACUCCCAUUCUGGGAAACCC